CUGGUCUCCAGCAUCAGUUCCUGGGUCCUGUCCGAAGGCACGCUCAGGAGCAGCUAAGAGGGCCAUGUGGGCAUGCAUCAUGACUUCAUCUUCUGAGCCCUAUUGACAUCCAGAGCUGGCACUGAGCGACAGCACCUUUCUACCCAUAGUUCUUCCUCUGCUCUGGGCAUAGACAGAUAAAAGGGCAGCAUGGCAGCAAGCACUGACAUAGCUGGGCUGGAGGAGAGCUUCCGGAAGUUUGCCAUCCAUGGCGACCCCAAGGCCAGUGGGCAAGAGAUGAAUGGCAAAAACUGGGCCAAGCUGUGCAAAGACUGUAAGGUGGCUGAUGGAAAGGCCGUAACGGGUACCGACGUCGACAUCGUCUUCUCCAAAGUCAAGGCAAAGUCUGCUAGAGUAAUCAACUAUGAGGAGUUCAAGAAGGCCCUGGAAGAGCUAGCAACCAAGCGGUUCAAGGGCAAGACCAAGGAAGAGGCCUUUGAUGCCAUCUGCCAGCUGGUAGCGGGCAAAGAACCAGCCAACCUUGGUGUCACCAAAGCUAAAACAGGUGGUGCUGUGGACCGGCUGACGGACACCAGUAAGUAUACGGGAUCUCACAAAGAACGCUUUGAUGAGAGCGGCAAGGGAAAGGGCAUUGCUGGACGGCAGGACAUCCUGGACGACAGUGGCUACGUGAGUGCCUACAAGAACGCAGGCACCUAUGAUGCCAAGGUGAAGAAGUGAUACCUGUCAAAGCCCCCAGGGAGGCUGUCCCACUGGAGGCCCAGCCUGGGAUCCAGGGUCACAUGGAGCAAGAAAGCCUGGCUCCCUCCCUGCUGGAUCUGCCACUAAGAGCUUCCUGCCCAGUCCCAGGGCCAUCCCAUCAGGCCUCAUGACCCAGACUGCUGUGUCCCUUCUUCCUGUCUCCCUGAUGUCUGUCUGGGAGUCAGUGCCUAUAUCCUCACCGCCCCGGCCUGGUCCCAGGCAUGGCUGACUCUUGCCUGCUUGCCUCAUAUUUAAGCUGCUGCUCUGGCCAAGUGCCUAAUUCUUACCCAGACCUCAAUAAAGAUACCUUUUGUACCAGGAUGGACUGACUGA